ACCAGUGCUGAAGUGACAUUUGCAUUAACACCGCUCUGUUCACUUCAUCAUCAUCACCAUCGUCAUCAGUCAUGUCGUCUCGUUCUCUCCUGCUGGUUCUGCUGGUUCUUGCCUGCCUCCAGUUCUUCACGGAGGCCCAGAAUUCAUUUGGACCAAGUCACUGCUGUUUCAAUUUCCAGAAAACUCCAGUCCCUGAAAAAAUCGUUAUAUCCUAUAAAAAAACUCUGGCUGACUGCACAAAACCUGGAGUCAUUCUUUACCUAACGAAAGACCGUCUUGUGUGUGUGAACCCCGCUGAAGUGUGGGUGCAGAACAUCAUGAAAAACAUCGCUCAGCAUCAGGAAGGCUGACCUCAUGAAACAUCAUCCGAGUGACAUCCGAGUCCUCUCUGCACUGAAUAGGCAAAACGAUUAAUGCAUAAUUAUCAUACGUCACGUCCUGUAUGUGGAUGGAAAGAAUAAAGCUUCUACUCAUUUGAUCUGUUAUAUCAUAUUAUUAUUUUAAAUAAAAUUUCUUUUUGCAUUCAAAGGCACUGAAAUAUUCAG